AGUUAGCUCGGCACCAGAGAGGUUGUCAACGUUACACGGUGUCAACAUAGCAGGGCAACCAUCGAACAGAAGGGGAAGCAGCUGAACAGCAUACACCCAUAAGAUUUCCUGUCUUGAUCGCCAUUGAAAUCUCUACGAUGACAUCCAAAUAUCCUGUGGUGGUGACGGGUGGAUCUGGUUGCUUGGGGCAACACCUGAUCAAACUUCUCCAAACGAAUGCUGAUCACGUGACUGAGAUCCGGGUACUUGACGCCAUUCCGUACGAGAACAAACUUGGUCAUAAAGAGGCAAAGCCCGUGAUUUCCACGUGCGGUGACGUCACCGACACAGCCACCCUUCGUCGUGCGUUCAGGGGAGCUAAGUCAGUCUUCCAUCUGGCCAGUCUGGUCAGUGUGGGCAGUUUCCCUGACAACCAGGCCAUGGAGAGAAUCAACGUCAAAGGGACUCAUCAGGUGAUUGAUGCCUGCAUCAAGGAGGGCGUGGACUGCCUCAUCUACUGCAGCUCCGUUGAGGCUGUGCUGGAGUACGACGCCAUCGUCGAUGGCACCGAGGACAACAUGAAGACUCCUAAGACAUAUUACCACGAGGGGUAUGCCAAGAGCAAGCUCAAGGCAGAGAGUAUGGUACUGCAGAACAACGACUGUCAGUUGGACACAGGUGGGGUACUGAAAACGGCCGCCCUACGACCCUACGUCUUCUAUGGCGAACUCGACCGCCACUACGUCACACAGCUCUUGAAGCUGGUGAAGAAGACGGCGGGCAUCCUCAUCCAGACAGGUGACGGCAAGGCACUCCACCAGCACGCCUACGUCGGCAACAACGCCUGGGCCUUCAUCUGCGCAGAAAAGGCCGUACGUACCAACCCUGCUGCUGCAGGGCAAGCUUACUUCAUCACUGACGACACCCCCGUUGACGACAUCUACAGCCUUUUGAACCCCUUUUUGGAGGAGAAGGGCAUGCGGCUAUCCUCAGUCAGGUUUCCCUUCUGGUUGAUGUUCAUCAUCAUGUAUCUGGCGGAGUGUUUGGUGAUUCUCCUGUCCCCAUUAAUCAAGAUCGACAUUGGAAUCACCUCCAGCGUCCUCCGCUUCGCAAACACCACCAUCAAACUGAGUAGCGUCAAGGCGCGCACCCUGCUCAACUACAUGCCUCUGUUUUCUGUGGAGGAGAGUCUUCGCAAUGCACGUGCAUAUUACCGGGAUGUUCCAAUAUAGGCACGUUUGUCUUCAGCCUGAGACCACCCAGUCUUGGGAUAGUGUGUACUGGAGCGGUCAAUGCAAUAUUUUGGUAUAAACAUACUACGAUUAUUGAUAAGUCUUUGACAAAUAAUCGA